GGAAAACGGAAGGCGGAGUUAAGGGAUUGAUGGGCCGUGGUGGCCGCCAAUAACGAUGAGCAACUCCUGGUGGAGCGGCCAAUAUGCUGUGGAUGUAGAGGAGGGGAAGGAGGCGGGAGUUGUUGUCAGGGAACGGGGAGGAGGCGCUGAAGGGAGGAGGCUGCGGGUAGCAGGACGUGACAACUGAGCAAUGAAUAAAUUACGGCAGAGCUUUAGGAGAAAGAAGGAUGUUUAUGUCCCUGAAGCCAGUAGGCCACACCAGUGGCAGACAGAUGAAGAAGGGGUUAGGACUGGCAAAUGCAGCUUCCCAGUUAAGUAUCUGGGGCAUGUGGAAGUGGAUGAAUCAAGAGGAAUGCAUAUAUGUGAAGAUGCUGUGAAGCGACUAAAAGCGCUACCUACAGUAAUAGCGUUCGACUUGUCCCCCCUGUUCCUCCAGGAAAGGAAGUUCUUCAAAGGCUUCUUUGGAAAAAGUGGAAAGAAGGCAGUGAAAGCAGUCCUUUGGGUUUCAGCAGAUGGACUCAGAGUUGUUGAUGAGAAAACCAAGGACCUUAUAGUUGAUCAGACAAUAGAGAAGGUUUCUUUCUGCGCUCCAGAUAGGAAUUUUGACAGGGCAUUUUCUUACAUCUGUCGAGAUGGUACUACACGCCGCUGGAUAUGUCAUUGUUUUAUGGCUGUAAAGGACACAGGGGAGAGGUUGAGUCAUGCUGUUGGCUGUGCAUUUGCAGCCUGCUUGGAGCGAAAGCAAAAGAGAGAGAAGGAGUGUGGAGUGACUGCCACCUUUGAUGCUAGCAGAACCACAUUCACAAGAGAAGGAUCAUUCCGAGUAACAACAGCAACUGAGCAGGCAGAAAGAGAGGAAGUCAUGAGACAGAUACAAGAUACUAAAGUUGAAACGGAUGUGAAAACAGCUGCCUCAGGUGCUGCAUCUGGCAAUACAGUCCCAUCUUCGAGUUCCCCUACCUCUCCUACUGCUGAUGUUGCAGCAUCUGGUGACAAAGAGUCAAAUAACCCUCAUGCUAUUCCACGAAGACAUGCUCCUAUAGAGCAGCUUGCUAGACAAGGUUCAUUCAGAGGCUUCCCUGCACUUAGCCAGAAGAUGUCCCCAUUUAAACGUCAGCUUUCUUUGCGAAUAAAUGAGUUACCUUCAACGGUGCAAAGGAAGACAGACUUUCCCAUGAAAAACUCAGUUCCUGAAGUUGAAGGAGAAGCAGAUAGCAUUAGUUCCCUCUGCUCCCAGAUCACAAAUGCAUUCAGCGCUCCAUCUGAGGACCCCUUCUCCUCUGCCCCCAUGACAAAACCAGUCACUGCUGUUGCACCACAGUCUCCAGCUGUUCAAGUUAAUGGCACUGCCUCUGCCUUCAGUGUGCUUGCUGCUAAGCCAGUUCAAACUACUGUAGCACCCACAGCAAUACCAGUUCGUGAAACCAAUCCCUGGGCUCAUGCCCCAGUUGCUCCGGUUGCUGCUAAAACUGGAGCUGCAGCCACUCUUUCUGGUACUGAAUGGAGUUCCAAUUCUGGGGCAGCCUCACCCAAUUUGUUCCAAGGAAACCACAGACGCACUCCCUCUGAAGCAGACCGCUGGCUGGAAGAAGUAUCUAAAACUGUCCGAGCACAGCAACCACAGCCACCUCCCCAGCCACUCCUUCAGCCUCCUGUGGCAGUUUCUCAGGCAGCACCAGCUUUUCCAGUCAGCACCUUCAUUGCUCCUCAGCCAGUGCCCGUUGGAGUGGUGCAGCCAAUGCAGCCUGCGUUUAUCCCUGCUCAACCAUAUGCCAUAGCGAAUGGGAUGCCCUACUCAGCUCCCAGUGUACCAGUGGUUGGGAUAACUCCUUCCCAAAUGGUAGCCAAUGUGUUUGGCACAGCAAGCCAUCCUCAAGUGUCCCACUCUCAUCAGUCACCCAGUCUUAUAAAGCAGCAGACAUUCCCUCAAUAUGAAACUAACAGUGCUACUACUAGCCCUUUCUUUAAACCUCCUGCCCAGCAGCAAAAUGGCUCAGCUGCUUUCAAUGGUGUAGACACUGCCAGAUGGCCCACAGAGGACAAGCAUAUACAAUCUCCUGCAGUUGCCCAGAAGGUCGAUCAAUUUGAAGCACAGUGGGCAGCGCUGGAAAGCAAGUCGAAGCAGCGUACCAACCCCUCUCCAACUAACCCUUUCUCAAGUGAAUUACAGAAGACUUUUGAAAUUGAACUUUAAGCAGUCCUGUGGCUUGUGCUUUAGUCUCUGUGUGUGUGUGCGUGUGUGUGGUGGGGGUUGAGUGAAAGAGGGCAAGGGGCAGAGAGGAUAUCCAAACAGCACACUCAAUCAUUGAUGUUCCCAUAGAAUCAGAGUUGGGUAUAGAGGGGAGUGGUCAUGGGGGAGAGGCUCCAAGCUCCAGCCACAUCACUAUUGGGGAAUAAUCCAGGAAAUGUACCCUUACUGCCUUCCUCCCUGCUUGGGAGCCUGGACUGCAGAGGAAACCUCGGAAGGGCUGAAGAUGGGAACUGAGCCCUGAAGCCCUUUUUCCACAAGAACUUCUGAUGACCUUCUACAACAAAAAGCAAAUGCCACUAUUGUUUAAGGGGUCUCAACUUUGUUGUGAGUGCUCCAUUCUCUGGAGGAAAGAGGAGUUGUGAACAGGUGAGAGGGGAAAAUAUGAAAGCUGCUCUGGAUAUAAUGCUUGUGGAAAAGAAUGAGCUUCCAUUUUGAGUAACACAAUGAUUAUAUAUAAAAACAAAGCCAAAAUCUUUAUUUUUAUGCAUUUUAGAUUAUUUUAAAUAGCUCUAGAUAUUAAAAGUUGAAUGAGUUGUAAGUAAUCUUGCCAAAGGUAUAAAAGGUGGUUGGAUGUAAAAUUGUAAAUAAGAUUGAUUUAUCACUGAUUCUUAUAAUCAGUAAUAUGGGAGUAGGUUCGGGAGGAGACUUCCUAGCUUGUUCUUCUGUGUUCAUUGUAAGUAGCAUAUUGCAACUACAAUCAUGACCAAUAAAAACACACAUUAUAGAGUAGUUUAAGAGCAGUAUUGUCUUGGUUUGAAAACAAUUGGUAAAUUCUAUCUUUUUUUUAAGGAAUCAAACUAGGUGAUACUACAUAUAGGUUCUUCCAUAUACUGCUGCAAUUUCAUUGUUUUUAUUGUAUUGUGACAGUUUACUGUAACCAUAUCUACAAUCAGGUCUACUGAGGAACCCAUUUUAUGUAUGUUCAGUAUAUUUUAAUUUUUUAAAAAAAGAUAAAGCUUAUUUCCCCACUGUUCUAUGUGAAAGCUUGUGGCUAGACUACAGCUGUUCCAUGUCCUUCCUCUGACAAAUCAUGAACUCCAUAUUUUUAAUUUUAAAACUUGGCCUUACAAGCAAAUGUAAGUUAUAUAUAUUUGUACUGAUGAUUUAUAAUCUGCUUUAACAGAAAUAAAUGUUGGUAGUACAUGA